AUGGCAGGGGAUCUUGUGGUUGGGAUACUUUAUAACUUAUUACUACCUCUGCUUCUGCUGACUGCUUCUUCAUUUCGCUAUAAUGGCCUUUCCGUGGUGUACUUUGUGUUUCUGCUCACCGUACCACUGCUGCCGAACCCGAGCUUGGUCACCCUAAAAGGUAAAACUGGCCAGUUUCUUCAGUUAAUAAUCUACACUAGCAUAACAUUCCUGACCCUGCAGUGCUUCAUGCAGAUCCCCUUCAGCUACCUCCCUCCACAUGUUGCUGGGAUCUGGGAAGAUUUCCUUUACCACUUAGGAAUUGUGAGAUUCAGUUCGGUUGACCCUGCAAACAUUGUGCGACUCUUGGCUCCAGAUAUUGGCCUUUUCUUCUCCAUUCUGUUCUUACUGAGGCUGUGCAGAAAACUCCUUCGCCCUGUGCCCCAAGUCAGCCUCCAUGAAAAUGGGAUCCCUCCUUCAGUACCAGAGGGUGUGGAAAACUCUGACACAGAAUCAGGGGAAGGAUAUGAGACAGAGGCCUCGUCUUUUGAUAGCUCAGACGAGACCACUGUGCCGGUUCAGUCUGGCCAACCGCAGUUUGUCCAGAAGCUGAUAAUGUUUGCCGCUGGACUGAGGCUGCUGCUGUCAGCGAUCAUGAACACAGCGGGAAAAGUGGUGGUCACUGUGCUGCUGGGGCUUGCAGGUAUCAUACUGCCUUCCCUCACCUCAGGAGUGUACUUCGGAGUGUUUUUAGGACUGGUAUGGUGGUGGAUAUUCAGUCGGUCCAUCAGCAUGCUGCUUUUCAGCUGCCUGUGUGUGAUGAUGGCCAUCUUCAGCGGAGGACACCUGCUGGCUCUGUACCUCUACCAGCUGCCCCUGUCCCAGCAGCUCGUCCCACCAGAUGAUGUAUAUGCAAGGUUGUUUGGGAUGACGGGAAUGAUCCAAAUCAAUAGUUCACAGCCCCACAGUCUCGGUCUGCAUCCACAAGUCUGCUGGCCUGACUUUGUCAACCCCUUGGUUCUUCUGCUUCUCUACUUCACGCUGGUGGCUCUUCUGCACAAAUGGGUCCACAUCACAGAGGAGGUAUGUGAGAGUGAUAUUGCUGAUGUUGACAAAUCUGAGAGUCCAUUAGAAACCCCUGAAGCUCCUCCAAGCUUUUCCAGGGUCAUCUACAUCACAGGAGAUAAACAAGAGCUCUUAAGCAGCACAGAUGAAGAAACCUAUCUUCCUGAUGAGCAGAUGGUCUUGAUGACUAGAGGUUCCUGGCAGAAUGUCCACAGCAACAGCCUUGGGUGUCUGUUGGAGGGAGCUGGGUACACAAACUGUUACACUCCAUCUCUACAUGAAGAAAAAGACUGUCCUUCACUUGAGGCAGAAAGUGAGGUAGAAAUGGAGGAUAGGAGUGAAGAGGUCCCUAGGAGUCUGACGGAGACCUUGCCUCCCCCCUUAGGCCCCAGUGGCCUGGUUAUCUUUGGGCGUCUGCUGCAGAAACAUAGCUACGUUUGUGCCCUCAUCAUCAUGAUGGUAUGGAGUAUAACUUACAACAACUGGCUUACUUUUGCCCUGCUGGUGUGGUCCUGCUUUAUCUGGAUGAUGCGGGACCGCCGGCGUUACGCCAUGAUGUCUGCCCCAUUCCUUGCCAUCUAUGGCUCUGUCCUGGUGGUGCUGGGCUUCCUGAGCGGGCUGCGUCUCAGCCGAGCCGAGCUGUAUCCUGGGCUGCCCCCAGCAGUGAUAGUGGACUUUGAUCUAAACAGCUACCACCCUGCACCUUGUAUCCACCUGGGAGCCAAGGUCUUCUACACCUUCAACUUCUGGGUGAUGUUUCGCCAGCAGCUGAAGGAAAGAAAGGAGGAACAGAGCAUGAAGAAGGAAUCUCUAGAAGAAAUCAUUGUCAUGCCACCGGAGGAAAGUCAGCCAUCACCUCUGGUAGCGAUGCUGAUCUCCGGUGUCAAAGGGAUUCUGGUCAAAUACUGGAUCCUGUUUUGCUGCUCCAUGUUCUUCAUAGUAAGCUUCUCUGGAAAGGUGGUUGUAUACAAAAUCCUCUACAUUGUCCUCUUCCUCCUGUGUGUGGUUCUAUACCAGAUCCGCUAUGAUGUUUGGCGUCGGGUUCUGAAGACCUUCUGGGCAGUUGUGGUGGGUUACUCCAUGGUGGUACUGAUAGCCAUCUACAUGUAUCAGUUCAGAAGUGUUUCUGCCCUAUUCAGACAGAUCAUGGGCAUGUCAGAAGAAGGACUCCGUGAUCUGGGUUUUGAAAGGUACAGCACAGUGGAGCUGUUUGCACGUAUUCUGCUUCCUGCUGCUUUCCUGUUGGCUUGUAUCCUCCAGCUGCAUUACUUCAACUCUGACUUCCUCACUCUAACUGACCUGGACAAUGUACCUGUUCAGGAGACUUCCAGACAGGAAGAACUAAAGACUUCAGUCAAUAUGAUAGCAGACAUCAUUAAAGAAAACAUUGAAAAGUUGCAGAAAAGGCUUUUAAAGGAGCAGACAGGUAAUGGUAGGAGUCAGGAGACUCUGGACAGCAUCGGGCUGCAGACCUCCUCUGAGAAAGGAGCAGAAGAGCAGCAAGAGACAGCACAAGAAGAAACUGUGCCAAGCAGCCGUGAGGAAAAGUGGGUCAUGAUUGUGGACCGGGCAAGCCUGCUCAUCAUCGAGGGGGUGUCUGGACUCCGCCGGCUCCAGGAGUUAAUUUGGAGACUCAUGGAGCUCCACAGCCUUAAAAUCGUGUCUUCUGGCAUCAUCUGGGUGUCACUUCAAGAGGUUUCACUGAUGAACUUCCUGUUUUUGGUCCUGUGGGUGUUUGCACUCCCAUUUCCAAGAUUACGUCCUUUAGCCUCCAGUAUCUCGGCCGUGUGGGCCUGCAUCAUGGUGGUCUGCAAGAUGUUUUAUCAGCUCAAAGUGAUCAAACCUCUGGAUUACUCCUCCAACUGCACUGCUGGCUUAACAGCCUCCAACAGUUCUGGGCUGGAUGAUGGAGCAGAUUUGAGGGGAAACCUGGUGGAGCUGCUCAGGAGGUCCAUUCUCUAUAUCGAACCUGUUGACCCGGUCUUCUGGUGUGGAGCUCUGCAAAAGUGCGAGGGGAGAAUCCUCCCCUGUCUGAGGAACCAUUUGAUGGUACUCGGGUUGCUUGUAUUCGAGGCGACCGUCCAUCGCCACCAGCUCUACUUUCGCCUCCAUAACGACCUGAAACCUCCUCCAUUCAGCACCAUCUUCCAGUUCAUCACAAGGCAGCACCUAGAUCGUGGCGUUCUGCCCUGCAUCAAAUACUUCAUCAACUUCGGCUACUACAAAUUUGGAUUGGAAAUCAGUUUGAUUGUGGCAGUAAAUGUUAUCGGACAGAGGAUGGAUUUCUACGCCUUCCUCCAUUCCUGUGCUUUGAUAGCCGUAGUAUCUCGGCGGCGCAGGAAGGCUAUAGGAGAGAUUUGGCCCAAAUAUUGCUGCUUUACAGUCGGCCUCAUGGUGUUUCAGUAUCUGCUCUGCAUUGGCAUCCCUCCUGCUUUCUGUGUUGAUUACCCCUGGAGAACAGCAGCUCAGCCUUUGAGCUCUAAUGUCAUAAAGUGGUUUUACCUGCCAGACUUUGCAAUGAGACCCAAUCCAUCCUUUAUUUUCUAUGACCACCUCCUGCUGCUGUGCUCGUCUAUGCAGUGGCAGGUUUUUGUGGAGGAGAACAGGGCCGCUGUGCGACUUCUGGCUGGAGACAACGUCGAGAUCAGCCGCAGUUUGGAUCCAUGUUCUUUCAACCAGUUCAUACCAGUUGACAACUUCCUUCACUGCAGGUCGUACCUGGACAUGGUGAAGGUGUUUGUUUUCAGCUACUUCUUCUGGCUGGUCCUCUGCCUCAUCUUCAUCACAGGUACCACACGGAUCAACAUCUUCUGCCUCGGCUACCUGGUGGCCUGUUUCUACUUCAUGCUGUUUGGUGGCAGCGUCCUAAUGCAACCGGUCAGAUACAUCCUACGCCUGUGGGACUGGCUCAUCGCCUACACCUGCUUUGUGAUCACCAUGAAAAACGUCCUGUCUCUUGGUGCUUGUGCGUAUCUGGACAGCCUAUUGAAGAACAGCUGCUGGUUAAUUCAGGCCUUCAGCAUGUUCUGCACGAUCAAAGGCUACGAUGUCCCUGAGCCUACUGAUGAGUGUGAGCUGCCAGAAGGUGAGGCCGGCAUCGUCUGGGAUGCAAUAUGCUUCAUCGUCCUCCUGGCACAGAGGAGGGUCUUUCUCAGCUACUAUUUCCUCUACGUGGUGUCCGAUCUCAAGUCCGCUAAGAUAUUGGCAUCGAGGGGUGCUGAGCUGUUUGAGGCCAAAGUGAAGAAGCAAGUUGCAGCCAGACUGAAGAUGGAGCAGAAAUCUGUCGAGGCACUCAAGAGACAGAUGGAGAAGAUUAAAUCCAAACAGAAGGGUCCUCCUGCUGCAUCGGACCUAGCUGUACCCCCAGCAGAUCAGGAGCAGGCGACACUAGAUGACGAGGAGAAGGCAAUGAGAGAUGGAGGAAAAUGGUGGAAGCCUUGGGUCUCUCGGCCUGGAGUGGAGAACAAUUGCGGCUACCACCUGUUUGAGAGCGACAGCGAGGAGGAGGAGGAGGAAGAAGUUACACAGAUGAAAGAGGAGGAAGAACCACCAAAGAAGAAAUCUGCUCUCCAGUGGGCAUAUAAUGCCUGGACUACCAGCUCCAAAUCAGCUCUGAAGGAUCUAAAGAAAGAAAGGAAAAAGAUAAAGAAAGAUGAGAAGAAGAGGGCAAAGACAGAACUGCAGAAGCAGCAGGGUAUUGACAGAACCAAUUCCAGUGAAGACGAACUGGAUGAAAGUGCUAUGGAGGAGGAAGGAGAGGAGGAAAGAGAAAACAUCCUGCAGCGCAUCCUGAACAUGUUGAAGUUUAGCUGGGUGUUUCUGCAGUCUCUUGUUGACGAUUUGACGGACGGUCUGAAUGCGUUCUGUAAAGACAGCCUGGACAUUUCCAAAGUGCUGCGAUUAGAGCGAGCAUUACUCAACCAGCAGCAAAAGAAGGGAAAAGAAGUGAGUCAGGAGAGCGUGAAGCAGUUUUAUGAGACCUGGAUAUCCCGCCAAAACACAUUGUCAUCUGAGGAAGGUUUAGAUGCUCUGUCUCCUCUAACCCCGCCUGCCGUCCCCUCCUCUCAUCAUGUCUAUGCAAAGCUUAAAAACCAAGCCUCCAAAAUAUCAUGGGGCAGCAGCUUCUCCAGCUGUAUGACAGAUGAAACGAUGCUGGGCUCCCGACAGCCAACACAAGAGGAGCUGGAUGAGCCUCCUGGCGUGCCGUCUCCUCCCCAGCUUCGACGGAGACUGAUUAAAGAGGCCAACAUCGACCAGAGCUCCUUUGAUAGUGAUGAUCUUCCACAAAGUCAAGGAGAUGAUGACCAUGACCACAAAGACACAAAACAAGAUGAGGAUGUUGAGAAGGAUGCAGAGAUUAGUGAGACAUCUGAUCAGGAGCAAAUAGAAGAAGAUAAAGAUGACCAACAAGAUGAUCCAGAACUGGAGAAAGAUGGGUUAGAUGAAGAACUACAACGUAGAAAAGAGGGUGAAUUCCCCAGAUACAUUGAGUGCACCUCACUGGAUAAGCAAGGGAGCGAUGAAGAAAAAAGUGUUAACCUCACUCAGUCUUCUAGACCUCUGACUCAGGAAACAAGGAACCUCACUGCCAGCGAGCUGCUGCUCAACAGCAUGUUUGAAAGUGAUGAGAUCUCAGAGUCUGAUAAGUUUUUCAAGACAUUGCCGGGACCAGUGAAGCUGCUUUUUGCUCUCUACAACACCAUGGUGUCCAAAUCAGAGAUGCUGUGCUACUUUGUUAUCAUCCUCAACCACAUCGUGUCGGCUUCGUUUCUCUCACUCAUCCUGCCAAUUCUGAUCUUCCUCUGGGCCAUGCUGUCUGUGCCGCGGCCGACCAAACGCUUCUGGAUGACAGCUAUAAUCUACACAGAACUUACAGUUGUGGUGAAGUACUUCUUCCAGUUUGGUUUCUUUCCCUGGACCACAUCCGCUUACAGAGGAAUCAAUGCAGACCGGCCCUUUGCCCUGCCAAACAUCAUCGGGGUGGAGAAGAAAGAUGGUUACGUCCUCUUUGACCUCAUCCAGUUGCUUGCUCUGUUCUUUCACAGAUCUAUUCUGAAGUGCCAUGGGUUGUGGGAUAACAAGGAGGUCGAGAUGCCUGACUUCUUCAAGAAGCUCAAGAAGAAAGUGGACAAGAAGAAGAUGACAGGAGCGGAUAAGAUGGGGAGCAAAGAGAAACCCUUACGCCGGCUGAAAUUCCUCCCCUUUCAGGCCUCCACCACCUCCAUGUUCUGUAGACAAAAGAAAAGUGAUUCUGAAGAAUCUGUUGGUGAGAAGCAAGGGAAACCAAAGAAGCAGCUCAGCAAGAAGAAUAGAAGACAGCGAUGCGCUGCUCCUCUGUCCAGGAGGCAGAGGAUGAGGCAGCAUAUCAGAGAGACGAUGCUGCAGGUCAAAACUGCCACCAUAGAAGUAGCUCUUCACAUCUAUCUCCCCAUAAGACAGUUCUUCUACGACAUCAUCCACCCUGAUUACAGUCCUGUGUGUGACGUCUACGCCCUCAUGUUUCUUAUUGACGUUGUCAAUUUUAUUGUGACCAUAUAUGGAUAUGGGGCCUUUGGGAAAUAUUCUGCAUCCAUGGACAUCUCAGAGACUCUGUCAGAAGACCAGGUUCCUGAAGCCUUUCUGGUCAUGCUGCUCAUCCAGUUUGGUACCAUGAUUGUUGACCGUGCCCUGUAUCUGAAGAAGUCUCUGCUGGGGAAAUGUGUUUUCCAGGUUGUGUUGGUGUUUGGCAUACACUUUUGGAUGUUCUUCAUCCUCCCUGGGGUCACAGAGAGGAGGUUCAACAGAAACCCAAUCGCUCAACUUUGGUAUUUUGUAAAGUGCAUUUAUUUUGGCUUGUCUGCCUAUCAAAUCAAAUGUGGCUACCCAAACCGCAUCCUGGGUAACUUCCUUACCAAGAACUACAACUACCUCAACCUCUUCCUCUUUCAAGGCUUUCGGAUGGUCCCAUUCCUCACUGAGCUGAGGGCCGUGAUGGAUUGGGUUUGGACCGACACCACUCUGUCUCUCUCCAGCUGGAUUUGUGUUGAAGAUAUCUACGCUAACAUAUUUAUCCUCAAAUGCUGGAGAGAGUCUGAAAAAAAAUAUCCACACCUACCAGGGCAGAAGAAGAAGAAGGUGGUAAAAUAUGGGAUGGGAGGCUUCAUCAUCUUCGCCCUGAUCAGCAUUAUCUGGUUCCCACUCCUCUUCAUGUCUCUGGUCCAGUCAGCAGUCGGACUGACCAAUCAGCCGGUGGACGUCUCCAUACAGCUCAGCAUCGCAGGAUAUGAGCCUCUGUUUUCCAUGAGCGCCCAGGAGCAGAACUUGGUCGCAUACACUGAAGCUGGAUUCAACCGACUCACAAAAGUUUAUGCUACACAUCCAGGUGCAAUGCAGUUCCUAAUGAACUAUGAAGCAGAGGACAUUGUUGUUGCCAAAAUCAAGAGUGAUGCCAGUCUGCUCUGGACCAUCAGCCCAGCCAGUCGAGCAGCAAUGAUUAAGGAACUGAGCAACUCUUCCCACAUAUACAUGACUUUACGCUGGACACUGCUCAGGAAUGCAUCCAUAUCAAUGAAUGUGGAGGCGGUGGGAGAACACACCGUGAAGUUUGAUGACGAGGCUUUGAGGAAUGGGAUUGUCCAAAUGCUCAAGGGCAACAGCACCAAACCUGUGAUAAUUCAUUCUCUUCUGCCAAAAUACAUACGAGGUCCCAAAGGACAGGAAUCCAAAAUGGCAACCAGGAUGUCAGUAGACUCGUCUGAGCGCGCGGAUCACAAGGGGCUUUCCUUCUUCAGGCCCAUCUCCAUCAGGCUUCAGCAGGUCAACGGGACCUCAGACAAAGAGACAGACCAGUGGUGGGUGGUAGAGGAGUGCUCCCAGGUUCUCACCUCCCCUGAACCAAAAUGCCACAGCAUCGAGAUUAUGGUGUUUAAUGAUAAAGUCAGCCCUUCAAGUCUGGGCUUUCUGGCCGGACACGGAAUCGUUGGCCUAUACAUGUCGGUGGUGCUCGUCAUUGGUAAGUUUGUCCGGGAAUUCUUCAACGGGAUAUCUCGCUCCAUCAUGUUUGAGGAGCUGCCCUGCGUGGACAGAGUCCUGAAGCUCUGCACGGACAUUUUUGUGGUGCGGGAGACUGGAGAGAUGGAGCUGGAGGAGACGCUGUUUGAGAAACUCAUCUUCCUCUAUCGAUCACCAGAGACCAUGAUCAAGAUGACCAGAGAGAAGAAAGACAGCUAGGACUCAGGAGUCCAUCCACUGUUAGCACGGGUUGAGAAGGUUUACAUUAGUGUUGUAGAGGGCAGCAAAGAUUAAGGUGGACAACUCAUUAGUCCUAUCAGUUAGUAAGAACCACCAAACACUAUGCAGCAAGAUCAUGUCUUCAGGUUUUUUCACUUGUAAAUGUGAAGAGCAAAAAUACCUUCUGAUACAAAAAAGAUUGCUGGCCAUGUAGUUUCCAGUGACACCUUAAAACAUUUUAUAGGGACUUCAGUCCUUUCUAAAAAAAAAGAAAAACGCUUGACCUAAUGUCAUAAUCUAUUGGCAUUUUGCCUCCAAUUUACACAUUUUUUUUUUGUUAAAUUUCAACAAAACUGAUGCCUAUUUUAGGAGAGACAAUGUUUUCAAAGUUGACUAAAGCAAGAGAACAAAAAACAUGUUUUGUGUUUCAGUCCAUUAUCAGUGUAAUUGACACAAACACGCCUGGAAACAGGACAUGACUGCUACUUACCUUCCAGGUAAUUUUAAAUACAUUCAAAAUUUAUUAGAACCUUGUUUUAAGUAGAUAAAACCCCUGGAAAAAAAAAGUUAUACAAUGUGGAGAUAAAUCGUUUUUAGAGCCCUACAUCAACCAGGAAAGGGAGAGCUGACCUUUUAAGGAUAAAUAAAUGUAUUCCUUAUGCCAUUAAUCAAAGUUGCAACAGUACAUCCAUGGAUUUUUUUACAUCCAGUAUAAGACAGCUUCCCUGAAAAAGAUUUAACUAUUUGAACGUAAACAUGUUUAAGUGGGUUUACUGACAAAAUCCAUGCAGUGUGAACUGAAAUCUUUACUUAUGACUUGAAACUUUAAAACUUCAGGUUUUCCAAAUUAACUGCAGACAAUACUUUAUCUGAAAAUUUUUAUAUUUUAGGUGAUUUCACCCUAAAAUGGCAGCUUACAGUGAACAAAUCAGUUCUUUUUCUAGUCAUUUAUGAUACCUAAAACCCUGAAGAAACCUACUUGCAAAGUAGAGAAACAUAAGCACUGAACUGUUUUACAACCGAUCGGACUUAAACAUGUUCUCCUCCAUACCAAUAUCAAAUAUCUGAUUUAAUUAUCUCCAUUAGAAGUGCUGUAUUCAACUAUCUGUCUGUGCAACUUAUUGGUCAAGUAUUCGUGCCAGUUUACAGUCCACUUUGCAUUGGGUUCAGGAUUUAAAGGCAUUUACUCUAGAUCCUUCUGUACUAUUAAUCGCCACACUUGAAUAAGUGAAUGUAAAACAUUCACGCCUCUGUAAAUACCACAUUUCUGUACAUCACCAUGUAAACUCAUGAUUAAAUAUUAAAUAUCAAAACUUGUUACACAAAA